AUGACAGUAAUAUUUACUUAUCGGAACUUCUCCCUGGAAGACAUAACGCCGUUAAAUGGACGGGUGGCUGUAGUGACAGUGAGUCCUCUCGUUAUAUCUCAGCCCAGCAACCAAGUUCCCCAGGGUGGCCAAGCGGGCAUUGGAAAAGAGAUCACAACUCAGCUUCUCUUGCACGAGAUAGAGAAAGUAAUCAUCGUUGCCAGAAGUGAAGACAGAUAUAUCACUGCUCGUGGGGAAUGGAGGCACCGCAAAGGCCUCUCCCUGGAGAAUGAUUUGUCAAAUAAUAUCGAGCGUGUAUUCGCGACAAACUGCGCCGGACACCAAGUCCUAGCCACAUUACUCCUACCACUGUUGAAGAACAGCGUGACGCCUAGCAACGACGUACGAAUUGUCGUGACCAGCUCAUCGUUCCAUUGUUGGUGCCAGAAGCUCGAUCUGGAUCUUCUAUUCUCAUCGUCACGCGUCAAGUGGCCCGCCUUGUACGAUGGAGUAUGGCGUCUGGAGGAUGGUGCUGCCACGGGCUUAUAUCUUGCGACUAGUCGAGAGGUGCAGGAGCAAAAUCAUCGCGGUCGGUAUUUUAUGCCUAUCGCCACGCAGUGUGAGCCCAGCGCGAUAUCUGGAAAUAUGAAACUUGCUCGAGAUUUGUGGGAUUGGAUUGAUGCCCAAGCUACCGAGACACUAGGAUUAGAUUAG